AAUACGUCUUCAAUGUUUACUUUUAAAAAAAUAAGUGUGUCAUUAUAAUAGUAUCUCCUAAAAGGAUAAAUAGUAAAAUUUCUUACAUUUUACAGCAUGAUUCUGAUGAACAGAUUUCUCCUCGUUAUCAUUUUGUCGACUUAUGCUCUUUGUGAGACAUUAUUACCAGGGGAGAUAACUAUUGCUGCCUUAUUCCAAAUACAGAAUGCAGUGAAUAAUAAAUGUGAUGGAAUCUCUCCACUAUCUGUUAAAAGUCUAGAAGCUGUCAAAUGGACUUUUAGGAAAUUAAAUGAAAACAACUAUAUUCCCGGAGUUUCUAUUGGUCUAGAGGCUUAUCAAACAUGUGAGAUGGUUGCAGAGGCAAGCGACAGGGCCGUUGAUUUAAUUUACAAAAUCCGACAAGACAAACAAGACUCCUCUUUCACAGAGCCACCACUUGUUGCUCUGAUAGGUCCUGGUUAUAGUAGCGAAGUCCAGAAAACGUCGUAUUUAUUAAGUUCGCAAAGAGCAGACGACAAAUUAUUACAAAUUGGAUUCUCCUCGACUGCUGCGUCGCUUAGCAACACCAACAUUUACAGCAAUUUCUUCAGAGUUGUUGCAAGUGAUGCCGUACAAAUUGAGGUGAUGAUUUCUUUGAUGACAGAGCUAAAGUGGAACUACAUUGCUAUCAUCUACGAUGAUGAUAUUUAUGGAACAGAAGGCAAAGACGCAUUGAUGACUCGAGCGGCUAAAAGCUCGAUAUGUGUAGCGACUUCGUUCGUUCUUCCGAUUGGUGCGGUCAGCUUAAUCCAGGUCAACGACAUUCUUCAGAAGAUAAUUACAAACGGAGAGAGUCCAAUAAGUGGUGUUGUUGUGUUAACCAGCGGUGCCCAUGCGAAUGCCUUAGUUGCAACUGCCACCGCUUUAAAAGAUACAUUAUCGGACCCAAUUUCUUUUAUCUUUUCUGAAGCCAUUGGACUUUCCGAUAGCCACUUUAAAAGUAAUACAGGUGCGCUAUAUAAAGCAUCAAAAGGUGCAUACGUUGUUUCACCGCCGCAAAUUCGUAUAGAUGAAUUUGAGGAUUACUGGUUUAAUACCUUUCGGAAUGUUACGAAAGUUGCCGAAGAAUCUAAAACUAAUAUUUGGUUAGAGAAUGUCUAUAAAGAAUACUCGAGUUGUUCAUCUACAAUAUCAACCUGUUCAGAACUUGAUUCGGCACAAUUAGAUAAAGCUUCACAAAUGUCCUCCUGGACAAGCUAUGCAGUCAAAGCCGCUUACGUUACGGCCAAGGUUUUAAAACAAGUUCACGACCGCUUGUGUCCAGGACAACAAGGAAUUUGCAGUAACAUGAAAAGCCAAUUAUACAACAAUAAGGGAUCUCUUACAGAAGAAAUGAAUGGUUUGUCAAUUAAUUUUAAUACAGAUUUUACUUAUGUUCCAGCAGCAUUAACUAAUAUUUCUCUUGAUUUUACUGAUACGAGUGAUGCUCAGUAUACAACAGGAUUUCCUGAUUACCAAGUUUAUCAAUAUAGGACAUGUAUAUCGGAUGCUUCUAAAUUCUGUUUUGAAAAGAUUGGGACUUACAACAACACUGAACUGGUGAUGGAUAAAUCAAAGAUAAGAGAGUAUGAUAACACCGGAAAUGAACUACUAUGGCCCAAUAUCAAUUUUGCGCAGUGUAAAGAGUCCAGACGUUGCAGCUCGUGCAUCUUACAGGAAGUUUAUGACAAAGUCUACUUCCGGAAUGGCGAUCUUAUUGUAGGCGGUAUAGUUCCAGUUUAUGAUGGUGGCACUGACGAUCCAUUAGCAUGUGGGGUAAUAAGGACGUCGUUAGGGAAUGAAUUAGUUGAGGCCAUGGAAUACGCUGUUGCCCUGAUAAACAAUAAAACAGCACCGUAUGAACAAUUGUUCCCUGGUAAAUCUGUAGGACUUUUAAUUAUAAAUAGUUGUGAUCAGCCGUUACUCGCUCAACAUAAAUUGCUGUCAAUUUUGAACAACGGACUUCUAUUGGAUAAUAAUACGGUUAUCAGUGUAAAAAGCAAACUGAUUGGACUAGUUGGUCCUUAUUCAAGCAGUAUAAGUGUCGCGGUAUCAAAUGUGUUAUCACAGUUUGGAUACGUACAAGUAGCGUAUGCGUCGACCGCUGUCGGGUUAAGUGACCGGAAUAAAUAUCCUUAUUUCACCCGAGUCUCCACACCAGAUAAUCGACAAACUCAGGCUAUGAUGCGUAUCAUCAAACAUUCGAAAUACAACUCUGAAUAUAUUCAAUUCGUCUACAGUAAAGGCACCUAUGGUGAAGCCGGGCGUGACGCACUCAGGAAGGAAGCAGUAAAAGCGGAAGUAUGUCUUGCACAGGAAAUAGAAGUUGAUGAUGGAGACAAUUUCAAUCUUAUUAGAGAGGAACUGCGGAAAUAUCCAUAUGCAAAAAUUGUCAUUUUGUUCCUUCGUUCUCACCAAGUAGAACCUAUAACAUCAGCACUUAACGACAAUAUUGAAUAUGGUGAAUUCUUAUUUAUAGGAUCCGAAGCAUGGGGGUUUAGACCGAAUGAUUUCUCCAAUAAACCAAAACUUGUAGGUAGCAUCAUUUUGGCAUUGCAAUUACCUACAAAUAACAACUUCACCAACUAUUUAAGAAAUAAAGACAUUCUAACUGACAAAAAAAAUCCGUGGUUACUAGAAUACACCGCUGCUAAAUACAACUGUCAUGUAGCUACUAGUUUCGACAAGACAUUUACUCAACCUUGUGGGUCAAAUUUAGAAUUAGCAAGCUCUUCAUCGUACGAACAGGAGAUAUGGACACCAUUUGUGCUGAGCGCAAUGCUGGCACUACUUUCCGGAACUAGUGAAGCGUUUCAAGAGUUAUGCGGAUCCGCUUCUGCUACCUUGUGUGACCAAUACGUGCUUAAUCCAAACACUGUGAUGAACAAAGUUAUCAAACAGAAGCUUGAUGUCGACGGAAGUGGAAAUCUUCUCAGUUUGUUUGACGAAAAUGGUGAUGGUAACGUAGGUUACACAAUAUACAACUUACAACGCAAUAAGAAUGACGCAAAUAAAAUAGAGUACCAAAAGGUAGGGACUUAUCCUUUAGAUGGUUCAACCAUUGACCUCGAUGUGAACAAAAUAGUAGAACCGGAAAGAAUAGAUCUGCCGUCUGUCUGUCCAAACGAGAAGGCGUGUAGUAUGUGUAAAACAACUGAAACUGGUUCGACGCCAUCGCCUGCUCUUGUCAGUGAGGAAGAUGGCGGUACUGUUAUAGCAUUAGGAGUUGUAGUUGGGAUCUUAGUGUUGAUUCUAUUGGUUGUCAUGGUAUUGUGUUAUCGCAAAAUUAAAGGAGAAGGGGUGAAGGAAGACUAUAACUACCUGAACGUAAUUGAGGAUCCGAAAUAUAAACACGUGACAAAUGUGACCAAUCAUAGUCGUGAAGGUCAAAGCAACGGGGCAUAUUCUAAAGAGGACACCACAACUGAUACUAUGCGUCCUUCACCACGAAAUGCCGAGUCAUAUCUAAGCCCGAGUAGUUUAACAAGAGAUACAUAUCUCAUGCCUUAUGCUGAACAAUCUAACAAAAGUGAUACAGAGCUUAAAAAGGUAGAGCUUGCAUAUGCCAGUAACUCUGAGCCAGGGAGAGCAGAAAUGUCGUAUAUGAGUGAAACUGAGUUGAAGAAUGUUGAAGGAUCGAAAGGUAUUAGUACAGAGCUGAAACGUGAAAUUCAAAGAACUGGUAUACCAGCCUUGCCAACUAGGCCGUCAGCCAAUACGUUGGAAUAUCCAGGAUCUACUUUGCCAUCAGGCAAUAAUACAGAAACCUCAAAUUCAACUCCACCACCACCUUCACAUUCUUCCAAUGUCCAUCAUGUUACUCCUGUAUCACACACAGUAACACAACAAACAUCAAAAGUGCAGGACUCACCACCGCUAGCUCCAUCACAUACAAGACCUCAGCAGGUAGCAGUUGUGUCAGGUAUUCCGAAGACAUGAAACGAAAUUAGCAGUACAUUGAAAUGCUGGUUAAAAACUUGAAGUAUAAUGACAUCAAUCAAUGUUGGUAGUUUUGUGAUAUAUUUUAAUACAUGUUAUACAAGCAAUAUAUAAAUAAUAACAAUUGGAACCCCCCUUUUUUAAUGAUCAAUGACAUUACCUGAAAAACCCAAAACCUUAUAUUUAUCUGGUAACUUGAACCCAGCCUAAGUGUGGUAUUCAAUAUGUGGGACAGACGGGACGAGCCUAUUACAAAAGAAAUCAAGAGCACCUUUACCGCUUUCGAAGACAGAAAAAAUUCAAAAGAGUGGAUAUACCAACAUUUAGAUAAGCAUAAUCACAAUCUAAAAUUUAUAAAAUUCCAACCACGUGAAACCGUUCAGAAACAACCAGGACAAUCACACAAACACUUUGAAAAAAUCCGUGAAUUUCGCGAACUAUUUUGGAUAAAAAGACUUCAAACAGCUUAUCCUCUCGGUCUCAAUGACAAUAUUGGGACAGGGGAACAUAUCUAAAACUUCUAUCAAUGUAAUGAAUAUUGUCGAUAAACGGCUAAGAAAUAAUAGGUCUCAUGGUAACCGUAAAAACUGUAGUCUACGUAUUAAACAUCGUAUAAAUUAUACACUUGCUGAUCUGUUAUCUAUAAUAAAAAAUAAUGGUAGAUUAUGCAAACUUGGUCGUAUACCAAUAAGUAAAUUAUAUGAUAUUUUUCUGGAGUGUGGUAAAAUUUCAUUUUUCAGCCCGUUGUAUGAAUACACCCGUAUUAUUACAGCCUUUUGUCAUCACCGGCUGUUUCCUAGUAUCGAUAAACCUGAAAAUCACAAACGGCAUUUUUUUAAAUUAAAAUAUACAAAUAGAGGUAUUGAUUUUAUUAACUUAUCUAGUAUAUCCAAUGACUUUACCAUCCAUAGCCAAAUACCUCCAUAUUUUGAUAAUACAGAACCACAUAUUAUUUCGUAUUCGUACAAAAAAAACAGUAGAAGUUUGAUUUUUGAUUAUACGUCUGUUACAUCAGACGUCAAUAUAGAAAGAAAUGCUCCUUCCACUUGAGACUGUGAAACAUCGAGUUUUAGAUAUGUUCCCUAUGGUCAUGUCCUUACAGGAGACCUCAACAUCGUUGAAAACUUUGAGGUCAACGCUUUUCUAAAGAAAGGACCUAAAUAUCGUCCUCUAUCUAUUAUAUAUAUUGGAAACAGUGUCGUCAGGCCAUUAAAGACGCACUGUCUGCCUACUGUAAAAAUUGGUGUAAACGUGAAAAAUCUGAUAAAAAAUCACUAGACAGUUAUUUGAAUAAAAUUAUGAAUACUGUUGAUAUUCGUAUAUCUCAUUUUUAAAACAAUUCUGAAAUUGAUAAUAGCUAGGGUUCAUGAUAUACCCAUUUCUAGAAUAAAAAAUAAACUCCAAGUACUUGCAAAGCGGUUUGUGUUCGUACCGGCAGACAAAGCAGCCAAUAAUGUGGUGGUGGUGUGACGCAUAUACUACACGGAAGUUCUCCAAAACUCAAUUCUUCUACAUUCAGGUCCUUGCACUCCGCAGAGAGUCAAAUUGUAAACAAGCAUAUCACUGCCACUACCCAGCUUAAAGCCUCUUCCGAACAUUUGAAAGUCCCGACUAUGUACUGGUUACCUAAAUUACACAAACAACCAUUUAAAUUUUGUUUCAUCUCCGCAUCUAGUAAGUGUUCUACUACUAAUCUGUCAGUGCUUCUAAUUACCUCCCUUACUACUAUCAAAGAACUUGUAAUUAACUUUUGCAAUAAAGUUUAUGAAAAUAAUGGUAUUAAUCAUUUUUGGAGUGUAAAAUAUUCUUUAGAGGUUUUAGAUAAAAUACGUGCUUUUGAUGGUCCCUUUAAUUCUGUUUAUAGUUAUGUUUUUUCUACUCUUUAAACUUCUCUUUCACACAAUAUUAUCAAGAAUAAGUUUUCAUAUUUAAUUAAAUGGUCUUUUGAAAAAUCUCAUUGCAAACUCAGUAAAGACACAUCAUUGUUACAUUUGGUUGACACAUUCAACAAUACUUAACAUUAUCUUGAUGAUAUUUUUUCGUUAAAUAAUCCAAAGUUCUUUAGAUAUACUACCGAAAUUUACCCAAAGGAACUUACUUUGAAUAAAUCUAAUAUAAACAGCAGUAGUAGUCCUCUUCUAGAUUGAGACAUUUCAAUUUCUAAAGGGAAACUCCAUACUAAAAUUUACGACAAAAGAGACGAUUUUUCAUUCCCUAUUGUUAAUUUUCCUUUUUUAGACGGCGAUGUUUGGCUCCAUCAUACGGUGUUUAUAUAUCCCAACUCGUUCGUUAUGCCCGUGUGUGUAGUGAUGUCAUAGAUUUUAACGAACAUAAUCAAUGCAUCACUGGUAAAUUAUUAAGUCAGGGAUUUCUUUACCAUAAAUAUACUUAAAACAUUUACUAAAUUCUUUCAUAGAUUCAAUGAUUUGAUUAGUAAAUUUGGCUGUACCUAUAGAAAACUUAUUAAAAAUGGUAUUUCACAUCCUAAAUUUUGCAGUAAUAUUGUACUAAAAGCGCAGAAAUCACUAUAUGAUCCCUGUAAACUCAUCGAACCUUUAAACAAACUUAUUAGUAAGGUUAUCUUAUUGUUGUAAUAAGAUCUUUGAAUAUUGUUUACAUUGGCACUGACAUCGAUUUUGUCAUCAACAAAUUGAAACAUAACUAAAUUUGUAUUCUUUUCGAAUGUUUUUUUUUUUUUUUUUUUUUUUUUUUUUGAUGUAUAAAUACACAUCUCCGUUUAUUUUCUAUCCUAUUGCCUGUCGAUACUUUUAUUUUAGCAUUGUACAAGUCAUGUCUUACACUAAACACUAAAUCCCUGGGAUGUGUUUUAAUUGAUUUUAGUCUCAGAUGCAUGAUUUUUUAUUAUUAAUUGUUUUUGGCUUUUAACUAGCUUUCAGUAACCAUGGUAACUGCGAGUACUCUCAAAUCGUACUUUUAAUUUGACCUGUUGACACAAUUUGUAAUGCAUUUUUGUUAAUCAAUGUUUACUUAUUUUGUGUUAUAUCUCGUCUCACUAUUUUAGUAUGACGAUAAAUUUUCACUUGUGUACUCGUACUGUGAACAACUAAUUUAUUUGUUUUGUAAAAAAUAUUUUGGUACACCUAACAACAAAAUUAUCAUAUUUAAAUUUA